AUGUCUGCUAAAUUUGUUUCAAUCCCAGAAGCUAUUGAAGCGUUCAAGAAUGGAGAAUAUUUAAUCGUUAUGGAUGACGAAAGUCGUGAAAACGAAGGAGACUUGAUUAUGUCUGCCGAAUUGAUGACACAAGAAAAGAUGGCAUUUUUGGUCCGUUAUUCAUCUGGAUAUGUAUGUGUUCCAUUAUCUACUGAAAGAGCAGAUGCGUUGAACUUACACCCAAUGUUGGCGAACGAAACGGAUAGACAUGGUACUGCUUACACUGUUACCUGUGAUUACGCUGAUGGCACGACUACGGGUAUAUCUGCGCAUGAUAGAGCUUUGACUUCUACCAAAUUGGCGGAUCCAAAUUCGAAGCCGGUAGACUUCAUAAGACCGGGCCAUGUCUUGCCAUUAAGAGCAGUACCUGGCUUAUUGAAGAAGAGAAGAGGUCAUACUGAAGCUGGAGUUCAAUUGUGUGAGUUGGCAGGAUUACAACCAGCAGCUGUUAUUUGUGAAAUGGUGAGAGAUGAAGAUGGUUUGAUGAUGAGAUUAGAUGAUUGUACUAAAUUCUCAAAGACGCAUAAUAUUAAGAUGAUUACUAUUGAACAACUUGUCGAAUAUAUUUCGCAAUAA